CAAUAAUCCUGGUGGAGCACUUAUGUCGAAUGUGGCGUUAAAGGCGAGCACAGCCGGCACAUACGAGGCCACAGUAAAAGCAUUCAAGUUCUUUAAUCAACCUAGUGUGUUGAUCGAGUGUGCAAUCAAAGUGUGCCCUAGCGGCUCAAGCUGUGCAGCAUUGUCCACCGGAGAUUGUGCCCGAAAAAGGAGGUACGUUGAGUCUGUGGAUGACGGUAGUUAUUCCAUGACCACCAGGGAUGUUAUUGAAGUCAUUGAUCCAUUCACAAUCGGUGCAGCAUCUGUACCUACAGUCACCAUCACGGCCAUCCUUCUCUCGACUAUCGCAUCGCUUUGGGCAUAAGACGACCACGUGAUACCAGCAAUUUACUGAUCGCCAUGACCCGAUUACGUGACACAGCAACGUGCGGAUAGAUCUCGUCAUAAAUAAACACUUGCGUGAUUUCCGGUUAAAUUCUUGUGAUAAAAUA